AUGAAGGCUGCACUGAUUUUCUUCUUCUUAUGGAUUAGUCUAUCUGCAUUUAUAGUCAGAUUAUGGGAAUACGAAUGGUCCUACUUCAGUGCUUUCUACUUCUUUUUCACUUCUCUUACCACCAUAGGACUUGGUGAUGUUGUCACGAGAACACCAAACUUCAUCAUUUUCAAUCUAGCGUUGACUUUGGUUGGUCUAUCAGUUGUCGGAUUGUGCUUGGCAAUUGUUCAGGCCAAAGUUCGUUUGGUUUUUGAUCGACUAAUUCGUUCAAUUGAUUCGCAGUAUCGAAUAAGGCAAAUUGAUCCAGAUGUCGCCACGAUGACGUUGAUUCCUGAUGAGAAGGAAGGCAUCAAGCGAUUGAUUGGCGCUCAACCGCUGCAGGAUCGGAUCGUGUUCAUUUUCAUGGACGAGCACAAGAAGUGCAUGCUGAGAGAUCGAUGGAAAUUGCGCAGUGGAAUGGUUAAUCGGUGA